CGUACUCUCUCGAGUGCCGUAACUCUGAACAGCCUGGCAAAUCUUAAGAUCCCAUGUAAAGCUCCCUGGCGAUGAAGGGGGCUCGUGUUCGCUGCGGACACGGCAGCUUUCGUGUCCUGCUCCUCCUGGCGACCGUAUGGCUGGCGAACGGCCACCCCCAGUGCCUGGACUACAAACCUCCCUUUCAGCCUUCUGGGGCUUUGGUCUUCUGCAAGGAGUAUUCGAAGUUUGGAUGUUGCGAUGUGGAGCGGGACAUCGCCAUCUCCAAUCGUUAUUAUGAGAUUAUGGAUUUCUUCGAUUACGGCGGCUUCGUCAGCUGCGGGAAAUUCAUCAAGUCGAUCAUGUGCCAGGAAUGUUCACCAUAUGCUGCCCACCUCUAUGAUGCAGAAGAUGCCAACACCCCUCUGAGGAAUCUGCCAGGCUUGUGUGGCGACUACUGCACUGAUUUCUGGCGCCGCUGCAGGUCCACGCUUAGCCUCCUCCUGACUGAGGAUGCUAGGGUGUUGGAAAUUGAAGGGGACAGAGACAAGUUCUGUGCUUUGCUGGAGCUGAAAGACCCCGAGUAUUGUUACCCCAACGUGCUAACCAACGCCGAGCUCAAUGCCAAUUUGGGAACUGUGCAGGCUGACCCGGAGGGCUGCCUCCAGCUCUGCCUCCAAGAGGUGGCUAACGGGCUGAGGAAUCCUGUCGCCAUGGUGCAUGCCAAUGAUGGUACCCACCGCUUUUUUGUGGCCGAGCAACUGGGUUAUGUGUGGGUCUACAUGCCCAAUGGAUCCCGCGUUGACAAGCCAUUUCUGAACCUCACCUCAGCUGUGCUCACGUCCCCCUGGGUGGGAGACGAGAGAGGCUUUCUCUGCCUGGCCUUCCAUCCAAAAUUCAAGUCUACAGCAAAGGUGUAUGUGUACUACUCCAUCAACGUGAAGAAGGAGGAGAGGAUCCGCAUCAGCGAGUUCACCCUGUCCGUUACAGAUAUGAACAUGCUGGACCACAAUUCAGAAAGGGUCCUCCUGGAGAUUGUGGAACCAGCAUCUAAUCACAAUGGGGGUCAGCUGCUCUUUGGUUAUGACGGAUAUCUGUACAUCUUUGUUGGAGAUGGAGGAAAAGCCGGGGAUCCCUUUGGAGCUUUUGGAAACUCUCAGAACAAGUCAUCCCUGCUUGGAAAAGUCCUCCGAGUCGAUGUUGAUGAUAACAACGAUGGCCCACCUUACUGGAUCCCUGUGGAUAACCCGUUUCUUCAGGAUGUCAAGGCUCGGCCAGAGGUGUAUGCAUAUGGUGUGAGAAAUAUGUGGCGCUGUUCUUUCGACCGUGGUGAUCCUGGCACAGGGGCAGGUCGGGGUCGUCUUUUCUGCGGCGACGUCGGUCAGAACAAGUUUGAGGAAGUUGACCUCAUCAUCAAGGGGGGAAACUACGGGUGGCGAGCAAAGGAAGGUUUCUCCUGCUACGAUAACAAGCUCUGCCACAACUCCUCCCUAAAUGAUAUUCUGCCCAUCUUUGCCUACCCACACAAGAUCGGGAAGUCGGUAACAGGAGGGUAUGUCUACAGAGGCUGCGAAAUGCCAAAUCUGAAUGGCCUGUACAUCUUUGGAGAUUUCAUGAGCGGACGCUUGAUGUCACUCAAAGAAGAUCCCAGCACUGGAGAGUGGACUUACAAGGAGAUCUGCAUGGGAACGGGACAAAGUUGCAGUUUUCCCAAGCUGAUAAACAACUAUGUCAAAUAUAUCAUUUCAUUUGCUGAAGAUGAGGCAGGAGAACUUUACUUCCUCUCCACUCGAAUUGCCAGUGCAAAGGCUUAUGCUGGCGUGAUCUACAAGAUUGUUGACCCCUCCAGGAGGGCCCCGCCAGGAAAAUGCAGCUUUACAGCACAUCCUGUUCCAGUGAAAGGAAAGUUGUAUCAUUUCCAUCCAAGGGAGAGACUCGUAAUAAAACCCAAGCCAUCUCCAGUCCCCGUUCAACCCAAGACAGCCAGCUCAGCAAACACCACCAAACCCAAAACCACCACCAAAAGCACCACCACAAUCACUGCCGCCGCCACCACCACACUGAGGACAGUUACAACUGCCAUUAGAUCCACUACUCCUACCAAUGCAAGAUGGGCAACCACCACCAGAGGCCUGACAAAUUACAAUACCUUGAGAAGCACCACACUGUCCCCCAAUGCGAGGUAUGGUGUCACACAGACUCCUGUGGUAUAUUACACAACCCCAGCUAAAACUCCAACCACUCAAAAGCCAAGGGUUACUUAUGUCCCAAGCACUCAUAAACCCGAAAGAUUCACUCAUUCAACCACCUAUUCUACUUCCAAACAACAGACAAGCACUGGGCGGUCUACCAAACAAGCAGAAGUUACACAGUCACACACAGAACAGGUCACCAGAGCCCAUCCAUCUACAGCCAGUCCAACUUCACGACUCACAGGCACAACUGGCAGGCCUGCAGCCACCCACAAACCAUACUAUACACUACCAAAGACUGCAAGUAAACUGAACAAAGGACAUUCGGGCAAAAUGGACGGCCUAAAGGACGACUCAAUUGGCAACCGCGUAAACAAGAAAGACCCAAACUCAAAGCCAAGGAAAGGAAGGCGCAGAAAACUCCGCCAAGGCAUGGUGAGGUUGGCCAGUCCAGGGAAAAGGCUGGACCGUGGUAGGGUAGAAAUCUUCAUUAAAGGAGAAUGGGGGACCAUCUGUGAUGAUCUGUUUGACAGUAAAGCGGCAACUGUGGUUUGCCGGCAGCUGGGUUACCCCUUUGCAAUCAGAGUAGCUAAGCGAGCAGAAAUGGGGCAAGGUAACCAUCUCAGCAUACUUUUGGAUGAUGUGAAAUGUGAGGGGACUGAAAGAACUCUGCUCGACUGUCAGCGAUCUAAAAUUGGACAACAUAACUGCUCCCAUAAAGAAGAUGUGGGUGUGAUCUGUGGUUACUCGGAAUAUGAUGAGGAAGAAGGGUAACGCUCAUCAUACCUUAUUGUAAAGGGAACCAUCUGGAAGGGAAAGGACCAAAUUUGCACUGUCGUCUUCUGUAUACUUCAAAAAGUCUCUGUUCAUGAUGGGGGAAAAAAAGAAACAAAACACUAACAGCUAAGGUUGCAUUGAAUGAUGCAAUUAAUUCACUGUAAGUUCAGCCACAAAACUACUUUAAGUUUCUAUGUAUGCAGCACAACUUGUAUUGGUUGUGACUUUUUCCUAACUGUGGAGACAUGUAAAAAGAAUUCCUAAUGCAAGUAACCUCAAGUCAAGGCAGCUCGAAAAAAGAAAGUAACUAAAAUGUUAUUCUGCUUAUUGUGAAAUUUGCACUGCUCCCGUAAUGGAUAUUUUUAAUCUUUUAUUUCUAAACAGUUUAGAUGACAUUUGUUAUUUAGCUUAAAAAUGUUUCUUGCCCUUUUUUUUUUUUUUUUUACCAAAUGAAAUGCAUAAAGAAAAUUCAGCAACUGUGGAACAUGUUGCCGAAUCUGUCUUUGAAUAAGAAUUCUAUUCUUUUUGAGCAAGUAUUCAUUUCAAUAAAAUUAAGUUUGCAUUUA